GAUCUGCUCUGAUUCGGAAGCUGGUAUCUUGUUCUGGACUCAAGUGGAAGGGCUCGUAGGACAUAGGACCAAUAAGGACACUAAACUGCCCACACCGGUUAAACGUCAUUGGUUGGCCUAGUGCGAAGAUUCGUAUAAUUCGUAUCCGGAUUGGUCGAUAGGUCGCGUGGUAGCAAAACAAGACAUCCAAGGUCAUAACAAUUGGCGACAGGGAUUUUGGCAAAAACAAAAUAAUUGGGAGACGCAAGGUCAUAACAAUUGGCGACGGGGUGGAGAAAAGUUUUGAACCCUCAACUUCAAGGUCAUAACAAUUGGCGACGGGGAUUUUGGCGACAAAGAAAUAAUAAUAAUACAAGUGGUGACUCAGAUUUUGGAAAUAAAUUAGCUGUAUAAUUGCCGGUGAUUUUUGGAGCUAAUAUUAUUGGAAAAAAAAAAAAUGUCGAUUUCUUUCGAACAGUUGCGGUUAAUAUUACAGCACCAGCAGAAGAUGUUUGCCUUGCAACAAGAGCUAUUUAUAACAGUUUUGGGCAGACUUUGCAUUCAAGCAGAAAAUAAGAAAUCUAUAUAUCAUGCAGAUAAUGGUGCAGUAAUGGACAUUUCAGAAGCAUAUCCUGUGCAGGAUUCAAAUCCCUCUAUACCAGAAGGGAAACGUAAUAUUGGUAACGUGUCCAGCUCAGAGCAAGAAAAUAUUGUGUUAAAUGCACAUGAAGUUGUGACAAUACCAGAUGAUCAGAAGCCAGAUCCUGUAGAUGAUGCCCAGAGUCCAGAAUCAAAUGAAACACUACUGGUACUGUCUAGCUGCGAAAAUAAACGUCAGCUCGAACAAAAUUGUGGUCCACGUGCUACUAGUCGAGAAAGCUAUGGUGACUCGUAUUCAGAAAAUAACUGGAGCAACACGAUGAACAAAAUUGUACCAGAUGUUACUCAAAAUCACCGGAAGACAGAAUUUUAUAUUGAGUCAACUUAUCCCAUUUCUAAUGACAGUGUGCCAGAUAUUGAUUCUCAGGAUAAUGCAUAUGAUUUUGAUGAAACUUCUUAUAACAAUGAGGGAAAUAUGUCAGCUGAGUCGAAUGAUGGCCAAAAAUCUAAUUUAAUUCUGUUAGACGUUGACUUUCUUAAUGACUCGUUAUCUGCUAACGAGAUUCAUAAUGAAUUUGAAAAUAAUGAACUCAGAUCAGAGGCCGUUCAUCAUCAUCUAGUCAUUUUUAGUGGCUUCUCCAGUCAAUACGAGAAACAUGGUUUAAAUAAAGUCCUACUAGUUGUAUUUUGGAGCCAUAAGGACCCAACAUUAUUUCGAGGAGGAGGAGAAUGUUGAGGAAUUUAAAGUCACAUAUGAUUCUUUUUUUUAAAUCAGAAUCUAAAGUUGGGUUUUUCAAAAAAAAAAAAAAGGGGAGGUGUUAUGUCCGAGUGGAGAUUAAAUUACAGGUAACUCCCGAGGACUAUUAAUGGACUAAUAUUCUAUAAAUAUUCUUAUUGUAUAAUUAUUCAACAAUUACAUUACAUAUAUUUAUAUUCCUCUUAUUAUAAGCUUUAUUUUGACCUAUAACUUAUUAUUGUACGAUUUACGGUUCUUAAGUUAUGUUCAGCUUAUUAACUACUGCCUCCCACAUCCACAGCCACUUUUUGGGCUUAUUUGUGUACAAAUAUUAUUUCCUAUUUUAUGGUACGUUGAGGUCUGUGUGAUUGAUAUAUAAACGAAGUAUGCCUGAAAUAAACGAUCUGCUCUGAUUCGG